GCGCCCCGCGGCUCCGUCGGAACAGCCGCGCCUGCGUCGCGGGGUCGGACGUGACGUCAGGCUGGCUCCAGGGACGCCCCUGCGGCGUGUCCCAGCCACUCUCCAUUUCCGUGAAGCUGGGGAUUCGGACAAAGUAGAAACGAGGAAAAAAGGAAUGACCCUCUAGCCCGGGCGACCUAACGCGGAAAUACAGGCAGUUUCGACACUCGUUUACCGACUCCAAAGAUAAAAGCUGAGACACUCCGCCCCUCUCGCCCCUGUGGGCGCCUCUGGCCUAUCACGCGCCAGGCCUCGCGCGAGUCCCGCCCCCGAUGUCCCCUUCGGCCUAUCUCGGGGCGUGCCUCGCGCAGGGCCCGCCCCCGACGCAGGAGCGUGGCCCUCCGGCGGCCUAUCCCACCCCGUGUGCCCAGGGCACCGCCCUCUCCCAGCCCCGGCGCGCCCACUCGGCCCCUGGCGUUUUCCCGCGCUGCGUGGGAGCACCGCCCCCGAUACCUCCCCUCGCCUAUCCCGCGCCCUGUGGCCCGCGAGCCCCGCCUCUGCCCUCGCGCCCGGCCUAUCCCGCGCGGCGCUGAAUGCGAGCCCUGCCCGCUCCCCGCGCGGGGGUUGGCGCUCGUCUGAGACGUCACCAGCGCGGCGAGGCGGACGCGGAGUUUCCCUUGGCCCGCGGCGAUGCCCAAGCGGGGCAGCCCCUUCGGGGACGCGGCCCCGCUGCAGCUGAAGGUUCGCGUGGGCUGGAAGGAGCUGGGGCGCGGCGUGUGCGCCGAGCGUUACUCGCGGGAGAUCUUCGAGAGGACCAGGCAGCUCCUGUUUCGAGGGGCCCAGGCCUACAUGCACCACGCGUGGGAGGAGAGCUGCGCUGUCGUUGACCUGCCGGAGUCCCCGAAGCCUGGUCCCGUGGAGGCCCCUCGGGCCGCGCGUGGGCAGAUGCUGAUCGGACCGGACGGACGGCUGACCAGGAGGGGAGCCCAGGCCUGCGAAGCCGACGUGUCCGGGGUGGCGUCCAGAGCCUGCUCCUCGUGCGUGCGAGCCGCGGACGGGACGGCGGCGUGUGGCCAGUGUGAGCGUGCCUUGUGUGGGGGCUGCGUGCGCACCUGCAGGGGCUGCGGGGCUGCGGCCUGCGCCCUGUGCACCCUCGUGGACUGCGGUGACGCCCACGAAGAGGUGCUCUGUGCCGGCUGCGCGGUGUUCGAAGCCUGAGGGCUGGAGCGGCCGCCGUGCCGGGACAGCCUCGCUGGUGCCUGCGGGGGGAGGGGGGGGGUCCUUUUUGAUACUUGUGCUCCUAGAGACCGACUGAAUAAAUCCUGUAUAUUUGGGUAAGA